AUGUCUACUCUUCACUGUGAUGGUUCUCUUUCAGGUGACAAGGUUGGUUUUGGAGGGCUCAUUCGUAAUGGAAGUGGGGAUCCUAUAGUUGCUUAUGCUGGCCUAGGUGAAGAUCUUUGUGUGCUAUCUAUGGAGCUCCUAGCUAUUCUCAAAGGUAUUUCUCUUUGUAUCGAUAAGGGCUUCCAUGAGGUCUCUUUCAAAUCAGAUUCAAAGCUGGCCAUCGACAUCUUGAAUGGGGAGAAUAUCGGGCCUUGGAAAAUCCAAACUACAAAAAGAAAGAUCCUUACGAAAUCAAGAUUGCUAAGAACAAAAGAAUUUGUUCAUGUUUGGAGAGAACAAAACCAACCUGCAGAUUUUAUGGCUUCCUUCCCUAGUGGUCCUUCUGGAAUUCUUUGGGAACCUAGGUCCUUUUCCCCUAAACUAUCGAUCCUCAUAAAGAAAGACAAGGAGUUUGUAACCUACUAUAGGAUGUAA